CAAGCUUAAAAGCAGCUCCAGAGUUGUUAAACUCAUUCACUGAUUUCCCACUGGUUCAGUAGUUUGGGUUGGGAGCUGACAGAAGUGUCUGAGUUUGCUGCUUCUCUGGCCUGUAGCUGUAGCUGUAACUGUGGCUUAAGCCAUGGGGUUUCUUUUGAGAUGGCUGCUGUUUCCCUUGCUAGCUGUGGGAUGCAAUGCUUUCAGUUUGGCAUCUACUAACUGGAAUGGAGAAAGUGAUGGUGCAGUUGCCAGCUAUCCAUCUGAUUUAAGUAGCCUUAAUCCUGGAGAAAGCCCUUCAUUGAGCUUCUGGGCCCCUGGCAGUCCUGAUUCAACCUCAAACACAAACAAGCUACCAUCUGAUCAGCUGGCAGGACUUCAAGGACCCAGCCCCAAAGACCCACUUCCACAUGAUGAUGAAAAUCUUGAGCAGCUGGUCUUUGUACCCACAGAUGUGCCCCAGGGGCCAGCCUUUGAGCCUGAGGAAGAGCCCCAGGAACCAAAGCACCAUAACAUGUCACCUGAGCAGCAGCCUCGUAUGUUUCAGCAGCCAGUGUUUGUGCCCCAGCAGCCUCAAAAACCCAGCUUCCAGCCACAACAAACCCAGCAGCUUAGUUUGCCACCCAAACAGGCUCCCCAGAUGCCACAGCAGCCAGUGUUUGUGCCCCAGCAGCCUCAAAAACCCAGCUUCCAGCCACAACAAACCCAGCAGCUUAGUUUGCCACCCAAGCAGGCUCCCCAGAUGCCACAGCAGCCAGUGUUUGUGCCCCAGCAGCCUCAGAAACCCAGCUACCAGCCACAACAAACCCAGCAGCUAAGCUUGCCACCCAAGCAGGCUCCCCAGAUGCCGCAGCAGCCAGUGUUUGUGCCACAGCAGCCAGUGUUUGUGCCACAGCAGCCUCAGAAACCCAGCUUCCAGCCACAACAAACCCAGCAGCUAAGCUUGCCACCCAAGCAGGCUCCCCAGAUGCCACAGCAGCCAGUGUUUGUGCCACAGCAGCCUCAAAAACUGAGCUUACCACCCAAGCAGGCUCCCCAGAUGCCGCAGCAGCCAGUGUUUGUGCCCCAGCAGCCUCAGAAACCCAGCUUCCAGCCACAACAAACCCAGCAGCUGAGCUUGCCACCCAAGCAGGCUCCCCAGAUGCCACAGCAGCCAGUGUUUGUGCCACAGCAGCCUCAAAAACCCAGCUUUCAGCCACAACAAACCCAGCAGCUAAGCUUGCCACCCAAGCAGGCUCCACAGCAGCCAGUGUUUGUGCCCCAGCAGCCUCAAAAACCCAGCUUCCAGCCACAACAAACCCAGCAGCUUAAUUUGCCACCCAAGCAGGCUCCCCAGAUGCCGCAGCAGCCAGUGUUUGUGCCCCAGCAGCCUCAAAAACCCAGCUUCCAGCCACAACAAACCCAGCAGCUAAGCUUGCCACCCAAGCAGGCUCCACAGCAGCCAGUGUUUGUGCCCCAGCAGCCUCAAAAACCCAGCUUCCAGCCACAACAAACCCAGCAGCUAAGCUUACCACCCAAGCAGGCUCCCCAGAUGCCGCAGCAGCCAGUGUUUGUGCCCCAGCAGCCUCAAAAACCCAGCUUCCAGCCACAACAAACCCAGCAGCUAAGCUUGCCACCCAAGCAGGCUCCACAGAUGCCGCAGCAGCCAGUGUUUGUGCCACAGCAGCCUCAGAAACCCAGCUUCCAGCCACAACAAACCCAGCAGCUAAGCUUGCCACCCAAGCAGGCUCCCCAGAUGCCGCAGCAGCCAGUGUUUGUGCCCCAGCAGCCUCAGAAACCCAGCUUCCAGCCACAACAAACCCAGCAGCUAAGCUUGCCACCCAAGCAGGCUCCACAGCAGCCAGUGUUUGUGCCACAGCAGCCGCAAAAACCCAGCUUUCAGCCACAACAAACCCAGCAGCUAAUCUUGCCACCCAAGCAGGCUCCACAGCAGCCAGUGUUUGUGCCCCAGCAGCCUCAAAAACCCAGCUUCCAGCCACAACAAAACCAGCAGCUAAGCUUACCACCCAAGCAGGCUCCCCAGAUGCCGCAGCAGCCAGUGUUUGUGCCCCAGCAGCCUCAAAAACCCAGCUUCCAGCCACAACAAACCCAGCAGCUAAGCUUACCACCCAAGCAGGCUCCCCAGAUGCCACAGCAGCCAGUGUUUGUGCCAAAGCAGCCUCAAAAACCCAGCUUUCAGCCACAACAAACCCAGCAGCUAAGCUUGCCACCCAAGCAGGCUCCACAGCAGCCAGUGUUUGUGCCCCAGCAGCCUCAAAAACCCAGCUUCCAGCCACAACAAACCCAGCAGCUAAGCUUACCACCCAAGCAGGCUCCCCAGAUGCCGCAGCAGCCAGUGUUUGUGCCCCAGCAGCCUCAGAAACCCAGCUUCCAGCCACAACAAACCCAGCAGCUAAGCUUGCCACCCAAGCAGGCUCCACAGCAGCCAGUGUUUGUGCCCCAGCAGCCUCAAAAACCCAGCUUCCAGCCACAACAAACCCAGCAGCUAAGCUUACCACCCAAGCAGGCUCCCCAGAUGCCGCAGCAGCCAGUGUUUGUGCCCCAGCAGCCUCAGAAACCCAGCUUCCAGCCACAACAAACCCAGCAGCUAAGCUUGCCACCCAAGCAGGCUCCACAGAUGCCGCAGCAGCCAGUGUUUGUGCCACAGCAGCCACAACAAACCCAGCAGCUAAGCUUACCACCCAAGCAGGCUCCCCAGAUGCCGCAGCAGCCAGUGUUUGUCCCCCAGCAGCCUCAAAAACCCAGCUUCCAGCAGCUUAGUUUGCCACCCAAGCAGGCUCCACAGAUGCCACAGCAGCCAGUGUUUGUACCACAGGUACAGCAGAUGCCUCAGAAACCAAGCUUCCAGCAACUACGCAUACCCCAGCAGGCUCCCCAGAGGCCUGUCUUUGUGCCUCAGCAGUCUCCCCAGAGGCCUGUCCUCUUUCCCCAACAGAGGCUGCAAAUGCCUCAAAAGAGGCUUCAGAUGCCCAGCUUCCAGGCUAAGAAAGCGCCACAGCAACAAAUAUUUAUGCCAAAGCUCUUUCCCAAGAAGUUCCAGGUUCCUCAGAAGCCAAGGCGCAACUAUCAAACUUUUGCCAAACGCAACUUGGCCUGAUGGGUGCUGCUUUACUCAAGAUGGCCUUCAACUGAACCUUGUUUGAAUUGAAAAAUAAAGAUUGAGCAUUCUAAA